AAUAAAGCAACCAAUUCCAUUAGAAUCAUCUUCAAUUCUACAUUUUCUGGGGUCCAAAGUCCAAAAUCAAACUAAGAUUUAGAUCUCAUAAUCAUUGUAAAGAGUUCGUUUUCAUGUUCAAACAGUGGAAAAUGAAAAUGGGUUAUCUUAGAAUCGCUUCAGUUUUGCUCCGAAUUCUUGUCGUCAGCACGGGAAUUUGAUUUUCUUUUCUGGGUUCAUGAGAUAAAGAUCUGGGAUAUAUAUAAAAAAUGAAAUCAGCUGGGAUAAAUUUGGUGAUGACCAUAAUAGGGUUCACAAUGAGUAUUAUGUUCAUCGUCUUUGUUUGUACUCGUUUGAUUUGUGCUCGGAUUCAGCUCAUUGCUUCUCGGAGAUCCUUCCCUGUUGCUUCAAGAUCUGGUCCUAGUAUACUCGAACGGGGUUUGCACGGUCUCGAGCCUGUUGUUAUCGCCAACUUUCCCACCAAGAAAUACAGUGAUGCGUGCUUCUUGGCUUCGGAAGAUGCUCAGUGUAUAGUUUGCCUUUCUGAAUACCAUGCCGACAAUAUCUUGCGUAUCCUGCCCUAUUGUGGCCACUUCUUCCAUGUAACUUGCAUAGAUACGUGGCUGCAACAGCAUUCCACAUGUCCCGUCUGCCGGCUAUCGCUGCGUGAAUCUUCUGAGAAGAAGCGUUUGAUGCAACCGUUGUUCAGUUCCACCAUUCGAUCUCAUUUCGGCACGCGACGCCAUGGCUUCCCAUCGAGAAACGAAAGCCGUGGGAUGGACUCGGGUCUGGAAAAUUCCGGGAGAGAUGGAUCGGAAGCCGGGCAGAACAUACCCCCAACAACCGAAGAUGAUGAGGCCACCAUUAAAGACUCGAGAGGCAAGCACGUAGAAAGCCCUUCAAUCCCUUGAAUUAUCUUGGUUUUCGGAUCCUGUAUUUGCUCGGACUCUUCAUUUUUCUUGAAGCACCCAUGUCUCACACUCGUGUCUGAAACAUGGAUACGGAUAUAUGACCUCCAAAGAUCCUCCAAGUACAUGAAACACGAUAGAAAAAUGUGAUCAUAUGCGGGUCAUAUAAAUGUCCGUAUCCGACAGUCAAACCCGAGUUCGAGUAACAUUAGUGGAUCUCCUCCUUGAGAAGUGUACUGUUCUCUGUUUUUGUGGCUUACUGUAAAUAAAUGUGUAAAAGGCCAACGUUG